AUGUUAGCCCAGGGUUAUGUUGAAAACUCAAUGCAUAAUAGACAGAUGAUAUACAACGGAAUUACUCAAAAAAUUGCAACUGAUAUUGAGCCGAAACCAUCAACCAGUAAAGAAACAACCACUGUGCAAGAAAAUGAUGAUUUUGAAAUCAAUUGGGCAGAUUAUGAUGAUGAUUUUACCGGAACAGACAUUAGUGACGUUAAUGACCUUGCUAGCAAGAAUGAUAAUAAUAACCCUAAGAAAGUGAAUCCGAUUUCAACUAAAGUUGUAAGCAACGGUUUCACUACAGCGAAUAAAAUACCGAUUUCUGUACCAGUUGGGAUUCAGUCUAAACUCAAUAACAACAAAAAUUUAUUCAUUAAUAAACCACCAAUAAAAUUGACUUUCAAUAAUCAGUCAACUGAUGCCCCGAAAUGUCGUAGAGAAAAUUGUGAGAAUGUUCUAAAAGACUCAGGAUCUCGGGCGAUCCCUGGCAAAAGAAACGAGACAAUGAGCGCGAGAAAGUUCGGCGGGAAGUGCACUUCGAACAAAGCGAGUUACUGCAAUCAAGGACUCUCUCGGCUGCAAAACGUGUCGCUGCAGAUACAGAAUUUGCCCAAUUAUCCGAUGUUGAAGAAACAUGAAUCGUAUUGCGAGAACGGUAUCACAAAACUCAUUCGCUUCGUAAACGCGCGAGUGCAGGUUCGUGAGGGUGCCGAGGGAGUUGCCGGGGAUGGAUUUUACGCGGCCGAACGCCGCGUCUCCGACUCCGGUCCAGCGAGCAGGGAAUCCUCCAAGGAGCAUUCAGCGAGGAGCGGCAGGCUGAGCGCCAGCAACAUCGGCGGCGGCUCACAGCCCCUCAACAGGCUCGCGCGGCUCCUGAACCAACGGCCGAGCUUCACGCCGAGCGAUGAAAUUCCACGACGGCUCUCCUGGGAGAGACGAGACUACAGUACGACGAGUUCCUGUCUGCCAAGGAGCAGUUCGAUCGACAGCGUGGCGGAAUGGGGAUUGACAGGAAUAGGGGCCUCCAUCGAUGGAAACAACGGCGCAAGCACCGGCAGUAGUUACGGCCUAUUUGUUGAGCAUCCGCCACCGAGAAGAAGUCCAAGUCCGCUGUUGGGAGCGAGAAACGAUAGACUGAGCAUAGUCUCGCCCAACAUCGGCCGAAGGGUGAAAGGCCACAGAGCGAUUGUAGAAGUGAUUCCUGAAUCAGCAAGAUAUUAUGAUGAUGAUGACAAUGACAACUAA